GUUGCUACCUCCUUGUUUGCCUCUUCCGGCUCCCUAAGUUCAAGCCAACGGACAAAGAAGAUCUCUGUUUUUGGCAUGAGCAGCCCAUUUACGACUUCUGCACACACCCACCAACUGCUUACCGCGCCUAAUCCAGCCAGUAGUGUCUUCGCUUUUAGCUCUGCUCCAUCUUCACCCGAACGCGAACGGCUUAUGUGA